AUGGAUGAAGACAGAGACUGGGGAUGGCUGGAGCGAUACGUCCGGGUGAAGACCGAGGACAUUAUCCCAGCCGACCAUAUGCCUUUCCCGGAGAAGUGGAAUAACAAGCGUUUGCCCAAGGGCUCGGUGGCCCCUAGACCGGAAUCAGGGACCGCUCCCCCUGCACCGGCGUCCAAUUUUGACACGGCGGGUUCUUCCCGUGUUCUUGCCGAUGCUGCAAAAAGGAAACGGCCUUCCGAAAGGGGGCAGACGCCAAAAAGGAAGAAGGCAAGAAGCGUUGCUCGGUCUUCAAAGGAAGAGACGGAGCCCGACUUUAUUGUUCGGAGAGUGGCCUCAAUUCCCUCCGUGGCUUCCAUACCGGAGGAGACAGUCUCCUUUUCACCCCUUCAUUCUAUCGGCGAAGGUCCCUUGGUUCCUGAUCCACGUUCAGGUGAAACUUCUUCGGAAGACACUCCCCUGCAAAGGAAAAGAUCCGGGGAAGCGGCUGCUGCUGAAGCCGACAAAAGGGCCGCCCCAGUACCGGAGAGCGAAGCCCCCACAGGCGCUCGUCCGUCUCCCGAGCAUGAGCCUGCUGCAACUGCGGAGCCCCCGGCUUUUGCCGAAAAUAUUGAGGCCGCUCCAAGUUCAUCUACCCCGGUUCUGCGGGAUUUUGUUUUUUGA